AGGCACUCAUUGUGGAUUUCAAGCGAAACGGAAUAACAACGCAGAAUGAACGCAGUGUUUCUUUUCACUGUUUGUCUAUUAGCUUUCUGCAGAAGCGAGCCUGUUUUCGAUCGGAUCGGCGAUGGUUACUACUAUAUAGGGAGUGAAAAGACAGCGGGGCACUACUUCGACUGGUUUAUCGCGCGACAACAUUGCAGGCGAAAUGUGUCAACACUUGUGUCCGUGGAGACGAGGGAUGAGCUGGUCAACUUGGAGCAGUACAUCGUAUCGAAGGGCUUUCCCGAUGGCAGCACUUUCGCUACCUCGGGCAAUAGUUUCAACAGCCCGACACCCUAUUCAUGGGAGGCAACCGACGAGCCGUUGGCCUUCACCAACUGGCUUCCAGGGACAGAGAAACUGCCGGAAAGGUCCUAUCUCAGUCUGAAGCUGACCAACUCCUCGCUGUAUAUGAUACCAACUUACGGCCUCGACGACUACUAUAUCUGCGAGUACCACUUUUCCAUUUGGCAACUCUGGCUUUCCCUGGAUUCUCCAAAUAGGGACAUUCUAAUAGUGAUCGUGUUUUUUGUGUGGUUUUGUUUAUUGAUUCUUUACCUCAGAUGGCAAGUGACAAAAAAAUCAAGCCAACCCGCAGCGGACAAGGUUCAACUCAUGUCGGAAAUACUAUAACUCCAAGCAAAAAUAAUAAAAUGUUUAAUUAUA